UCCUUCUCCUCCAUCCAUUCCUCCCAUUCUACAGACUCGUCAAGCGGAGAAAUAAACAGAAGCGAGCACAGAGAGGGGAAGACAUUCCUCCCUCCCCUCCCCCUCACUAUCUGUCCAUCUUCACCCAGUCCUUUCUUCCAUGGAGAGGAAUUAUACCGCCGCGGGCUUCGGAGAUCUCGGGGCUGGGACGGGAUGGAGUUACGACAGAUCGGCCAAGGCAAGCCUCGUGUAUGGGGGCUCCAGGUCGUCCCACCCAGACUCCGAGCUGCUCCACCGGCAGACCUACGGCACCCCCCAUCCCCUCCAGGGCUAUGCAACGAACCACCACCCAGGAAGCUCCAGACAGGGAGGGGCCUGGGGUGCUGCUGGACGAUCGCUUGGCCUCUCGGGGCUAUUUGACGCCAGCCUCCACCAUGCCAGCCCAACGGGUCCUGACCCCUCCGUCAUGAAUCUGAUUUCAGCUCUGGAGUCGCGGGGGCCACAGCCACCACCCUCUGCUUCCUCCCUCCUCUCUCAGUUUCGCUCUCCCUCUUGGCAGACUGCAAUGCAUACACCGGCCCCAGCGGAGCUCUUUAUUUCAGGGCCACUUCCUGGUUCCAGCUCUUUCCCCUCUUCCUCAGCCCUCUCUGCAUACCAGCAUCCUGGCUCCUUCUCUGGACGAUCUUUCACUCCCUCACUAUCCCUGCAGGACACGCCUACAUUUAGCCCGACUUCCAACAGUUUGCUAUCCCCCCAUGAUCCCCUGCUGCACAUCAAAACACCCUCCCAGGCCAGCUUGGGCUUUGAUCGCUUGCUGUCUUCCCAGAGUGCCACCUACCGGGGGUCCCAGGAGCCCCCGGCCCCUCCUCAGACCCAAGCCCCUCCCACCUCCUCCAGUUGUCACCUGUCCCCUUCCCAGUUCAACAUAUUGUCCUCCCAGCUCCACAACCAGUCCUCCCAGCUCUAUAAUGCCUCCAUGUUCUCUUCCACAGCAGCCCUGCUGCCCACGCCCCCCCCUCCUCCCCAGCCUCCUCCAGAGAGGGCAGCGUCCCGGCAGGACAGUGUGAUCAAACAUUACCAACGCUCGUCCCCAGCUCAAUCCGCAGCACUACCCCCACAGCAAUAUGUCAGCUGUGGGGGGUCAUCGAGCUACCAGCAGAUAGCCAGUCACCACCGGCAUUCUGGAGUGUCCUGCAGUCCCCUGGGGGAGCAGAGCCCAUCCUCUGACCCCAAGCCCUCACCACGGUUGGAAUCCAAGACUUAUCAACCUAUUAUCCAAACCCCCUACACAUCCUCAUCCUCCAGCUCCUCAGCCCCCUCCUCAUCUGGCACUAAGGGAGCCAAGAGUUCCAGCUCCAGCAGCGGCUACUCCUCUUCAGGCUCAGCAUCAUCUUCUUCCCGUACUCCACACACUCCACCAUCAGCCUCCUCCACUUCCUCUUCUUCCUCUUCUAACUCCAAGACAAACACUGGCUCCUUGUCUGUUCCCUCUUGCCAGCAGCCCCCAGCUCAGUCAGCACCGGCACCACCUUCUCUACCGGUGGUGUCAUCCAAUCUUGUUCAACAGCCAGCACCCAAACAAUGCCUCUCCACUUAUGGCUCUCCGCCUCUGGCCAAAUCCAGCACAGGCCUACCAGACCAGCCCCCUCUCCAGCAACAUGUCCAGUCCUACUCUCCCAACCAGCCUCCAUCUACACACAUGACCCAGUCUUAUGGAGGCUUUAACUCCCCUCAUGCCCAGGACCUGAGCUCUAGAGGGAAGACCUUCACUGCUACAGGCUCAGGAGGACGCUCGUUUUCUGCAGAGAUAGUCUUUGGGGACUCAAGCUUUGGCUCAACCUCUCUUAGGAGAGCAGGCAGUCCUUCCUUAGGGUAUGGGAGUGCUGGAGGAUCAGCAGUAAGUGGACCUGUAUCAGGAGCUGCUGCACUUGGCAGUGGAGUUGGAUCUGCAGGAUCAGGAAGCGGAUCUGCUGGGGUUGGUAAUGAAGGCAGCAGCUCUUACCACCUGCCUGAGUCUAGUCCCUCGCCCUCCAUCAAUUCUACUAUUGGUUGCACUGGAUUGCACUCUCCUGCCUCUGCUCGCCCUGCACAGUCCCCUGGAGGCUCAGGGGCCACUAAAUACUUGUCCACCAUUCUCUCGCCUGCUUUUAUGUCCCCACCACAAGGUUUCCCUGAUACACGGCAAGUGCAGAGCCAGUCCUUCCACACAACACCACCUAAGCCAAAAACCGAGACCAACAUGCUGGGAGUUGAGCGUUCCCAAGAUGAGGAAGAGGAUGACGAUGAUUUCCUCAUCCACCACUUACUACAUUCCCAGAGCUCAAAUCCCCAUCCUUCCCAGCAUCACCCACCUCCUCAUCAGUUACCCCAGCCGCUGCCACAAGCUAGGGAUGGGGAAGGCAAGGGGGUGACCUAUGACAUUAACAAGAUCUCAGAAGAGCGCUACCACCUUCAGAGUGUUAUUCGUACCAAUAACGUCACCAGCAGUUCAGGUCCUGGAACAGCAAUUGGUGAUGCAGCAAGUGGUUUGAACACUCAGUUGGAAAUAUCACGGAAGGAACAGCAGGAGGCCAAAUCAAAGUUGACCAUAUCAAAGUCCGCUGCUGGAGGGGUCACUGACUCCCUUUCCCACUCCCAUCAACAACAGCAUGACUCCUUGGGCUCUGUGGUCCAUUAUGGAAGAGAGGACCCCUACACAAUGCACUCCCAUCACACCUCACACUUGUCCUCACACUCUCAGCAACACUCUCAGCAUCCCCAAGUCUCCCAGCAUUCUCGGCACAGUCAACACACUGGACACACACAGCACUCUCAAAAUACUCAGCACAGCCAUCCCCUUUCCCACUCUCACAGCCACCCUCACAUGGAGCUGAAGAAGCCUUCAGAUGAAAAUGACAAUGCCUACUUGUGUAACACACCAGAUGUGCAGCAGGCUCGACAAAGCCAGGUCCCCCUUGCCCUGAUAGAUUCACCGCAAGACCCUCCCCAGCAAACUCACAUGCUACAAUCUGUCCUUUCUCAUACCACUAGCACUAAGAUAGACCCCCAGCAAGCCCCUCCACAGCAGCUGCAGCAGCAUCCUUUGAGCCAGCAGGCCAUGAUGGGUUCAGCUGGAGGAGCAGGGCCUGCCAUGGUGGAAUCCCACCCACAGAACCAGCCCUCGCAGUUGCAACUCCAACUCCAGACCCAGGUUAUUGAUACCCACUACAGCCUUGGAGUCCAGCCAAGAGAUCAAACCCGAGCCAGUCAGAACUCAGUGUCUCCGCUAGACAUACUAGACCAAUCUCUUUCCCGGACGAACAGCAGAGGUAGUGGAGGAGCUCUGGACAGAGCAGGAGUUGGGGUGACUGGAGGGGAGGGAGGUGGUGGAGACAGACAUAGACAGCAGCACAGACUAACACCCCACCACCAUCCCCAACAAUCAGCCUCAGAUCUCCAUGACUUCCUCUCUGAACCAGAUUUAGGCUUGACCACCCCCUCCCACCUGCACCACCUCAACCAGCCUCAGGCCCAUGCCCACCCCCAUGCCCACCAUCAACAGCAAGCACACACUCACCAUCAACUGGCACACUCGCAGUUAGCUCACCCACACUCCCACCGGAUGACAGCAAAUAUGGGAACCCCCCAACAACAGCAGCAGCCCCAACAAAGAGAGCCUGAAACUCUGUCCCACUCCCAGUUAGACCAGCUCAAACAGCUCCAGUUUCAAACAUUAAGCCCAGUGGGUAAAGUAGGACAAAAUCAUGGCCCGCAGCAACAGCAUCGGUUUGCACCUCUAACAUCCAUCUGCUUUCCAGACUCUCUUUUACACGAUGAAGACCGCACUUUCUUUCCUGAGAUGGAGGACAUGUUUUGUUCAGCUGAUUACAAGUCGAGCUGUGUGGAGAAUUCUGGGGCAGGACAGGCUGCUCAAGAAAGCCUUACCCAGGGCCAUGGGCAGGGGCAAGAGGGUAUGGAAGCCUUAAAAACAGGAGGUUCUAGAGAGGGCUAUGAUAUGGUUGGUCAUCACAGUGAUCAAGGCUAUGGACAUUAUUGCCACAGCCUUCCAGGAACAGGAAAUGGCAAUCUACACUUAGACCUUGACUCUACGAAGACCCACGAGCUUCCCUCUACUGUGAAUACUGACCAGCUUGGCCUCAUCCAAUCCCAAACACCCAACAUGGGGCUGAGUUCAGCAGAUCAAGGGGAUGGCUCGGUCAACAAGAUGAUGGGAGCUGUAGGAGUGGGUGGAAGUUCAAAUACAACUGGUCUGACCUCGCCUAUAUUUUGUUCUUCUCGGCCCAAGAAACUGUUGAAAACCAGCUCAUAUCAUUUGCUUAAACAGCGGCGUGAGCCACAACCUCAAACAAAGAAAAACUAUGCGCAGGAGUACGAAUUUGAGGACGAUGAGGAUAAAGUUGAUGUUCCAGCUGAUAUUCGCCUAACCAGUCGACGCCUUCCUGACCUACUCCCUGACUUGGUCUCUAGUUGUAGAAAGGCUAGUGGGGCAUCAGGAGUAAGUGGGCUCAGUCCACUGAUGGGGGACAUGGACUUCUGCCACCCCUCCAGCUACUCUUCCCCUGGACACCCUCCACAUAUCCUCCCCCACUAUGGCCCUAAGAAAAGAGGCAGGAAACCAACUAAACCAAAACGUGAAGGCCCUCCUCGCCCACGAGGUAGACCGCGCAUACGUCCUCUUCCAGAGCCUCCCUACUGCAGGGGACUGAUGGGAUCGGUGCCUGGAGAAAGUAGAAGGGGUCGCGGGCGUGGUCGAGGACGAGGAAGGCGGGAGGAAGGAUUUGUUGAAAUGCAUCAAGACAUGAACAAAGCACAAAACCUUGCAUAUCAGCAGCAGCAGCAGCAUCAGCAGCAACCGUUCAGCCAACAGCAGCAUCUCCAACAGCAUCCACAUGAACAGCACAGACAGCAGGCAGACCUCCACCAAGCACCACACCAACAGCAACAACAGCAUCACCUGCAUCAUCAUCAACAACAACAACAGCAGCAGCAGCAGCAGCAGCAGCAUGUUUCCUGUCCUCACCACCAACCGCAUCAUCAACAGCAUCAUCAUCAUCAACAACAACAGCAACCAUCCCAGCUGCAGCAAGAUCCAAUCACACCUAUCAAGAUCAAACUGCCCGUUCCCAGCAUGCCUCCAUCAGAAUCGAUGUUGAGGACGGACUCACUGUCCAGCACCGAGCCGGUUCUGUCUGACGGAUCUGUGGGGUCGGCACCAUCUCUGGGCCUGAGUCCUGGACCCAGCGCUGCCAUGGACAGCAGCACGAGUGAGGUGAACCAGACUCAAGACCAGAUGAUGAAGCAUCAGCAGAAAGCUGAAGAGGUGACGUGGAAGAAAGAAGUGGACGAUCAGCUGAAUCCUGAAGCCUGGGCUGCUGUGCACAAGCUCUCCAGUUCAGAUGAAGAGAAGGCUUUCGACUUCAAACCUGGCUUCAUGGCCUCUUUUUUGGACUUCCUGAAGACAGGCAGAAAGCAGCCGGGCCUUGAUCAGGGACACGCUGGAGGUGAGCAGGAGUCCUCUCUGAAAGGAGGGAUUAGGCCCUUAUCCCCGCCUCCUCCCCAACUACCACCAACUCCUCCACAGCAGCAGCCUCCAGGAGCCUUCAGCGAGGGAGGGCCGGGAGGGGGGGCCCCGCUGGCUCUCAGCAGCUGCCCCAGUCCCUGCAAGCCCCUGGACGAGGAGCUGAAGGGGAACCUGGAGACCCUGCCGUCCUUCUCCUCCGACGAGGAGGAGGACUCAGUCAGCAAGAACCAGGACCUGCAGAAGAGCAUCUCGUCGGCCAUCUCGGCCCUCUAUGACACCCCGCACUCGUUAGCUGCUGCCAUGGCUUCUGCCAUGGCCAAGGCCCCGCCCACCCCACAGGAGCCGCCACUCAGCCCCCCUCUCCCUGCCAUGCCGCCCCUCAUCCCCAGCGCGGAGAACAGAAAAGAGAAGGCGCUCACAUACGCACAGGAUCCCGUACAGGGCAAGGAAGAGCAACAGUUGGCCUCCCCAAUGUCGGAUGGAGAGAACACAGAGGAGAGGGAGGCUAGGCAAGGUGGAGAGGAGCAGAAGGAGAGAGGGGGGGAGACUGCAGACGGUGAAGAAAUCGUGAGAGAACCACAGAAUGUGCAGCAGGGAGCCCUGGAAGAGCAGGAAGAGGAGAAAAGGAUGUCGGAUAUGCCGAUUUUGGAGAUUCUCCAUCAGGACCUGUGCUCGCCCCUGCACCUCCAUCCCCAUCCGUGUCCAUCUCCCCCCUCGCCCCCCACCUUCUCCUCACCAUCACCCCUCUCUCCCCUCUGUCUCUCCGUACCCUCCCAACUGCCCAUCCAGAACGAAGAUGCCAAUCAAAGUUAUCCUCCCUGUGAGCAGCAGCAGUCCUCCUACCAACCGGCCCCGACUGCAGUGACCUCCCCGCCCCCCUCCGCCUCCCCUCCGGCCCUCCCGUCCCCACCCCUCUCCAGCUUUCCUCUGGGCCAGUCCAUUCCCCCUCCAUCCACCACCCCUCCUCCGUCCUCCUCCGAUCAGGACCAGGAACCUGAAGCUGAGCAGCCUUCCCCCUCAUCACCCGCCUCUUCCUCACCCUCUUCGUCACCCUCUCCCCCACCGUCGCCUCCAACCCCCGAAGAGGCCCCGGCGUCCCAGCGUCUCACCUCCCUCCACCUGGCGAAGAAGCAGGCUGACGCCGCCAUAGCUGGGGAGAGCGAGGAGGAGGACAGUGAGAGCGGCGGCGAGGGAAUCUUCCGCGAACGGGACGAGUUCGUGGUUCGAACUGAGGACAUCGGGACGCUUAAGAUGGCCUUGCAGACAGGCCGGGAGCCCCCGCCCAUCUGGAGGGUGCAAAAAGCCUUGCUCCAGAAAUUCAGUCCAGAGAUUAAAGAUGGCCAGAGGCAGUUCUGCGCAACCAGUAAUUAUCUGGGUUAUUUCGGCGACGCCAAAAUGUGCUACCAGCGUCUGUAUGUCAAGUUCUUGGAGAACGUCAACAAAAAAGACUAUGUCAGAGUGUGUUCUCGAAAGCCGUGGCACAGAGCCGGUCUCACUCUGAGACGCCAGUCACUACCCAAACAGCUGCCCACCGUUCACAAUCCAGCCCCUCCUCGGCUGGAUCGGGACGACAAGGAGAGACAGAAAGAGAGAGAGCUGAAGGAGCAGAGAGAAAGAGAACAAAGAGAGAGGGAGCACAGGGAGAAAGUAGAAAAGGAACACAGGGAGAGAGAGAGGAGAGAGAGAGAGGAGAGAGAAGAAAAGGGAGCGAAACAGGAGAUGAAGCAGAAAGAGAGUGACCGGAAAGAAAUAGAGAACGCGGAAAGGGACAAAGAGGACCAAGAGCAAAAGGAGAAGGCGCUUAGAGAGAAGGAGAAAGAAAAGGAAUGGGAGAGUGAAAGAAGGGAGGAGCAGAAAGAGAGGGAGAGAAGAGAAAAAGAGCGACGAAAAGAGAGGGAGAGACAGGAGAGGGAGCAAAAAGAGAGGGAGAGACAGGAGAGGGAGCAAAAGGAGAGGGAGAGGCAGGAGAGAGAGCAAAAAGAGAGGGAGAGGCAGGAGAGAGAGCAAAAGGAGAGGGAGAGGCAGGAGAGAGAGCAAAAAGAGAGGGAGAGGCAGGAGAGAGAGCAAAAAGAAAAGGAGGGACAGGAGAGAGAGCAAAAACAGAGGCGGAGAGAGGAGAGAGAGCAGAAAGGAGGAAGAGAGAGCAGAGUGGAGUUUGCGAGGUUGAAGAAGGAGAGGAGAGGAGGAGAGAAGACGACGGAGCAGAGGGACCCGUCCGAGCCUCCUCCCAAGAAGAGGAAGCAGUGGCUGCCCUCCCUCCCCUCCUCGGGUCAGAGCACCGGGCGGCCACGGUCUGUCUCGCUGUGGGCUGGGGUCAGCAGCCGGGCCCUGAGGGAGAUGUUCAGGAGCUACGUGGAGAUGUUGGUCAGCACAGCGCUGGACCCGGACAUGAUCCAAGCUCUGGAGGACACUGAUGAUGAGUUGUACCUCCCACCCAUGAGGAAGAUUGACAGCCUGCUCGGCGAACAGAAGAAGAGGUUGUUGAGGAGAGUCACCAUGAGUGUUCAGCACCAGGAGGCUUUGCACAUCUUCCCCAAAAUGAUGGCAGACCCGCUGGAAUCUGGAGCGGUCAAAGUUCACCUCGGUGGGGAGGGUUACAACCGCAAAACCCUCAACCGGGUCAAGAGGAGUGUUCCUAAGCAACAGGAUCUGAAGCUCUCAAUUGAAACUUGCCGGAUCUACAGUCUGUAUCAUUCCCUUCACCACUACAAGUAUCACACCUUCUUGCAUUGCAAGAAAGAGACGGAGAGCAUCGAGCAGGCAGCCGAGGACCCCGGUCAGGAGGAGGUGGUGCAGCAGUGCAUGGCCAACCAGGGCUGGCUGGAGAGCCUCUUCAAGUCCUUCAUGGAACUUCUUAGCCUCAGUGCCAAGGCCUGAGAGACCUCCAGCGGCAGUGUUGGAGCAGACAACAGGCAUCCGGAAUCCCAGUACAGAAAAGCGUCUGGAUGCUAGGAGUGCCAUGGUUUCCAGCCAGAACAGCCACUGUCUGUCUGUCGGUCUGUCUGUCUGUCUGUCUGUCUGUCUCUUGGAGAUUUAACUUUCUAAAGUGUUGGUUUUAAUAUCGAGUCCAUUUUAAAGUACCUCUUUAUUUCAAGAACUGUAUUGAAGAUGGAGGGUAGUGAACUAUGUGAAUGUGAUGGAUCUUCCUCAAAAGUCACCAAGAAACCACAAGAUCAUGUUGGUCAGCACUAAAAAAAGAGACACACACACACACACGCGCGCUGUCUAUAAGUGUGUACUAAUAUGGUUUGUAUAAUUUAUACAAGGACAUUUCCAAAAAUGACUGUAUUAAGAUGGAAUUGUUUGCUGUUGUUAUUUAAAAAAAAAAAAAAAAUGUUUUAAAGUGAUAUACAUAAAAUGGCCCACCUGCAGUUCUUUGCUUCUAUCAGAGCGACAGGUGAAACCAGGGGGGGGGGCGGAAGGGGAGGGAGGUUUAAAAGGACUACAUGAUAGUCUCCACCUGCCUCAGUUAAAAAGCAAAUGUAUUUCAAACUAAGCUGUGUUCUUUCUGUUUGUUCUUCUAAAGACAACGAGAGAGAGAGAGAGAAGGAGAGAGGAUGUAAUGCCUGUAAAGACAAUGAAUGAAAAAGAACUUAAAGCAUCACAUGAAGCUCGACUUUCUUGAAGGAAGUGCGAGGCGAAAUGAUCCAAAAGCAUAAAUGUCAAGUGUUCUAAUGUUAGUCUUUUUUUUUUUUUAUCUGUUUGUUGUCGAUUGAUAUUUCCUUAUUAUUAUUUGACCUCUCGGAGGAUAUUAGUUUUGACGUGUAAAUAUUGUACAGCUACUUCAUUCUCUCGUUUACAGUUGCUCUUCUGUACAUGAAAUUCCUGUAUUUGACAUAAUGAAAUAAAACGGUUUAAAUGACAAAA